AUGAGCUCGAGCGCCUACAGCCGCAGCGCAGACCUCGGCAGAGCCUCGCCCGCCCACCGCGCCGCGCAGCAGAGCGCCGAGCUCCGCCCGCCUCGAGCCCGGUCCGACCAACCCGCCGUCAACAGGGCGACGGCGCCGAGUACCGGCAGCAGCAGGACUCCCAGCAGCCUUUUCGCCGCCCUGUAUCCGCCUCGAGUGCGCUCGGCGGCCGCGCCGGCCGAGACGACCUCGUCCCACCUCGGCUCGCUCCCUCCCCCGACCGCCAGCGCCUCGACACCUCCUCGCCGGUCGCGCAUCCCGUCACGACUACCUCCCGUCAACGUGCCAGCACCCUCGGCGCCGCCGUCUGCCCUUCCUCGGCCUCCCCCAGCCGCGUCCCCUCCCACCCUCUCCUCCUCGUCGACCGCGCCACCCUCUUCCUCCACGAGUCUGCGACGAGGCGCCAGGUCGCCGCCUCUUCCCGCCAGCUCGAGACUACCUGGGCCUCGUCGCGGCGGCAGCGAAUCGGCGAGCGCGUCGUCGGCGUCGCACGGCCUCCCGCCUUCUCGCGCAGUCGGGCGCAGCAGGCUCUUUGCGCUGUCGCUCGAGCGGGUCGCCGAGCAGGGCAUCCCCAAGAUGUCGACAACGAGCCCGAGUACGGUCAAGUGCGAGGCGGGUGGCGCCGCACACGCUCCCGGGCUCCUGUCGAUGGCGAGCGCCGGACACGCGCGCGGGCCGGAUGCGCCUCGUGCAGCGCCGACCGGCCCGGGAGGGCCCUCGCGCAGGGCAGUCGCGCAGGUCGAGGCGCUCGAGCCCGUCGAGACCGGUGGCUCGCUCGCUCAGCCCGCGCCGCGCCCAAGCCGCUCGACCGGCAACGGCGGCGGCCCGAGCGCGCUCGAGCGGGCGAUUUCGUCGUCCAUCGCCCCGCCUGUGCUCCUGAGCAUCAAGGGCGCCUCUCAAGCAGAGCUCUCGGUCGGCACCGGCACGCGCUUGAAGCGCGAGCGCUCGCCGUCGCCGUCGUCCGAGCCGGUCAAGCGUUUUCGCGCGGCGUCGAACCAGCUCGCACGUCCAGCGCCGCCACCGGCGCCGAGCCGGCGGGCCCUGUCGACGCAGGGACCGCGAUGGGCGUCGAGUGCUCCGCUCUCGCAGGACCAGAUCGACCCGAUGUGGAACGACUGCACGUUCGCCGACUUUGCGCCGUUCCUCCACGACGAGCACGUCGAGCCGGCCUUCUUCCACGGCUUCUACGAGGACCAGAUUGAGCUCCUGCGCGCCUGCGCACCGGUCGCCGACUGGCACCCGGACCCGGCCCGUCUGGGCGCGCGCAUGACUCGCCUCCCGCCGCUCGCCGCCCAGGUCGGCGCCCGCCAGCCGAGCAGGCGCGCCAUUCGCGCCGCCGUCGGCCCGUUGCGCUCGGCGCCCGGGUACAACGAGCUCGACGACAAGGCCCGGCGCGUGUGGAAGUGGCUCGCCAAGGUCGUCGGGUGGGUCUGGGUCGGCGGCGGCUCGGCGACGCCCGACGAGGUGUCGUACGUCGCUCGAACGGCGCCCAAGCCCGUCAUGCUCAUCUUCCGCCGACUCGCGCACGUCCUCGCCCUGCGCGAGCUCGUCGACCGCGCCUACGAGCAGCUCAAGGCGCACCUCGACCGACGCCGCCGCGCCUUUACCGCCACGGCGCGCGAGGCGGCCGCGCUCGUCCUCGUCGAGUGGCUCCUGCGCACGGGCCCCGCUUCGCCGCAAGUCGACCGGCGGGCGCUCUUCUUCGGGCGCGCAGACGGGCGCGUCCGGCGCGACGACGAGGGCGAGCGGCCGUGGGUGAGGUGGCUCAUGAGGGCGGACAGGGGCGACAGGUGCAGCGAGCACCGGCUCGACGACUGGGAGCGGGACGUGCUCGAGCGAGAGGGGCGCGAGUGGGGCAUCCAGGAACGCAGGCAGGCAAGAUGA